AUGUUUAAACCCUUUUCUGAUAAUAAUGGUGUCCUUAGAAUCACAGGAAGACUAGGGAAAACAACCCAUUUAUCGACCUAUGAUAAACAUCCAAUCAUACUUCCUCCUAAGGUUAAAUUAACAAAGUUAUUAAUUUGGGAAUCUCACAAAAGAGUCUUUCAUUCUGGUGUAUCCCAUACGUUGGUUCUUGGAAGAUGCACAAUAUAUAAACGAUUCAACUCUUUUCCCGGAAGUCAAGUGAUCGCGCCACUUUCAGACAUUCGUGUAGAACAAUCAGCUCCAUUUACGAUCAUUGGAGUUGAUUUUGCUGGUCCUCUUUUCGUUAAAGAUAGUAUUAACAAGCAAUAUAUCUUGUUGAUAACCUGUGCAGCGACAAGAAGUGUUCAUCUAGAACUGGUCGGUGAUUUGACUACCGAUACAUUUCUUCUAGCUUUCCGACGCUUCAUUUCCCGACGUGGUUUGUGCUCUAUUGUGGUUUCUGAUAAUGCACGUAUCUUUAAACGUGCAGAAUUAGAGAUAAAACUCAUUUGGAAUGUUCUGAAUCAUGCAGAUGUAAAAAACUUUUACUCUGCUAACGGAAUUAACUGGAAAUAUAUUGUUGAAAGAACCGCCUGGUGGGGUGGUUUUUACGAACGAAUGGUAUGGACUGUGAAAACUGCUCUGCGAAAAACACUUGGAAAAUCAUGUCUCACUGUUGAGCAGUCGCUGAUUGUUCUUACCGAGAUUGAAGGCAUGAUUAACUCUCGGCCAAUUACAUAUGUUGGUAGUGACACUGAAGAACCGAUUGCUCUGACUCCAGCACAUUUUCUUCUAGGGAAACCUGUUACCUCCUUGCCCUCUGUAAGACUUCACCGAAAUUUUGAUGAACCCCCUGGUUCAGCCGGGGGCAGGAUGUUAAGAAUUCAGUUAAUCACGCAAUCUUCCUGGGCGGAACUAGCUGCCAAUCAUUUAUCACGUGUUCUCCCUGUUGUUGUUUAG